AUGCAGACGCAGCCAAUGUCCAACGGUUUGCAGCAAUCCAACAUGGGAAUGAAAGGUGGGAUGCGGCCGAACUGGGGCAGUAUGCCACCGCAGCAGCAGUUUGGUCCGGGCAUGCAGCAGAACUUUUCCCAGCCGCAGAUGUUCCCGCAGCAGCAGCCAGUUGGCAUGAGAGGCUCCUCAGCGGGCUCGCCAGGUGGACUGCAGCGACAGAACAGCUACGGAAAUCAGGGCGGACAAGGUGUGGGCCCGGGCAGUGGUCUUUCGAGCCCAGGUAUCAGUCAGCCGCAGGUUGUUCCGCCUCCCCCUGCUGGUGGACCUCCACCUGGUAUGCAGUAUGGACAAUUUGGCCUGCCCAGUCAGCAACGGUCGCGAGCGGGAGCACCCCCUCCGCCACCGCCUCAUCCGAACUGGAAGCCUGGUCAACCCCCACCGCCUCCUGGUCCUGGUCCACCAGAGCGAAAACCCGGAGGUACGCUCCAGGCGGCCAUGGCCGCAGCGGCAGCACUCGGUGCGGCUGCACCUGGCAUGAUGGAGGCGACUUCUGCAAUUGACUUUACUGCGAAGUUGGAGGACUUGAGAAGAAAACAUCCGCAGGUAAAGGUGCCAUCGGAUGCAUUUACCUGGAAGCCGGAAGAGUUAGAGGCCUGGUUUGCAAGCGGCGGUACCUCCAAGACUGCACCGGCACCGGCGCCCGCGGCCGCGGCACCACCUGCAGAAGCACAGACGCCGAAGAAGCGUUCGCAUAGUAAGGCUUUUGGCUACGAGGUUGAUGAGGCACUCCAGUUACAGCAGCAGCUGCUCACCGGUUUUUCGGACCCCGAGUUCCAGGAGAACCUGAAGAAGCUGCAAGCCCAGUACCCGGAGCGCAAGACCAAGGGCCACUACGACAGCAUGUCCUAUUUCGAGGCCUUCAAUGCGCUGGCACAUACUGUCUAUGCGAAGGUUCUCCCAGAUUGGAAGCUGGCGCCAAGCUGGGAUGGCGUAAGGGAGAUGAUCAACAAGAUGUCGGAUGCGCUGCUACAUCCCAAGGUCAAAAAAGUGCAGGAAGAGAUCAACAUGAUGAUGGGCCUGCCAAGAAAUGCACAGUUCGUGCCGCCCUCCAAGGGAUCCGAGCUGUUCCUCUACAGGCCCGAUGGCGAUGCGCCAGUUGGAAGAUCUUCGUUACCUUUGUUUCAGGAUGAAGAUGGCGACGAAGCACACGAGUUCCUGAUUGAAGAUCAGGAAUCCGGCGAGCUCAAGGUCCAAACUUCCAGUCUGAAGCAGGAGAUGUGGUACGUUGUUGUCCACAAACCUGCAGUCAUGAUUCGAGAACAGCCUGAUGAGAAGGCCAAGAUGGUUGGCCGCAAGAAGGCUGGCAAAAGGCUGAAGGUUCAGCACGUGAAGGAUGGUAAGUGGUUGCAGCUGGACAAUUCCGAGCUGGUGAAGCUUGGCGUCCAGGAGGCAUGGGUCUUGAUGGACCCAGUCGAAGCAGGAUCGCUGCUGCUCAAGUGCUCAUUCCAUCUAGGAAGGUAUGCCAUCAACUGCCAGCAACUGAAUUGUCGUGGCAUCUCAGAGAUCCACGGCCAAGCAGAGGAAGGGCCGGAUCCGAGCUGCCGCCCAUGCGCUUUGAUGUUAUUCGCACGGGCUGUGUCCGUGGGAUGGUGGGAGGUUCGUUUUGCCAGUAGCACGUGGCGAAGAGGCAACGCAGAAACGCUGCACUUCAGUGGCAACAAGAUGCUGAUAAACCAGCCGCGAGAGAACAACUUCCAGGGCGCGGGUGAACGGAGCUGCACGGAAUUGAAUGCAUUUCUUCGCAUGCGCACAGACUUCGAGGCGAUCGAUGUGAACGUCUUGCGGGCAGCGGGUGAGAUGAACAGCCACUCUUCUCUUGGAGCAGGGCUCGAUCUUUCUCGGAUUGAGAGGCAUCAGCUGGAGCAUGCGGAAACUAGGCUGGUUUUGGUGCCCGGCUGCUUUCCGAAGCUCGGCUUCGAAGGCUUCUCCUCGUUCCGGCCAUGCCAGCGCCGUGUCAACGAGGGGCAGCGUGACGACACUGGGCGCCGCCACGCAUCGAAGGCCAUCCUCGCCGCUGAGGCUGCCGUUCAAGAGCUUGUACUGAAGAACAUGUCAGGCAUCUUUGCCAGUAGCACUUCCUUCGCCCCCUGGUUCCACUUCGGCGCGCCCCUGACCGCCACCCAGGACAAGUUCCCCGAGUUUCUAAUGCUCCGGGGAGCAGCGACGAGACAGGACUCCUCCGCAGGGCAUGCGUUGCGCUUCGCUUUGAGAAAACAUCUCAGCUCGGAUGCGCCUGCUGAAGGGCCGAUGACGUUGCUUGCCAAGCAGUGGCCAGGUCAUGUGUUCUCAAGCUUAGAACGAGCUGCCCUUCGAUUUGCUGACGCAGAGACUUGGAGUGCAAGACCAUGUUCGAUGUCGGUCAAAGAUUUCUCUUGA